AUGCACGAUGAACAAUCAUUGGUUCAUGAUCUAAUUGAUCUUGACAUAGCUGUUCACAUCAGUCCAGCUCAAUUAUCUACGAAAAUUGCUGAAAAAACUUCUGAAGCAUCACGCCAAUUAUCUAACAAGUCUCAACAGCAAUCUGCAAAGUCAAAGAAAAAAAUACCAGAAAAAAGCGUAUCUAAAGUCUUAAAAGCUUCAAUAUCAUCUUCAACUGGUAAACCUGAUGCAAUGAUCACAGAUUUUCCAUCAAUAUCACCCAAACAUACAGCAAUUUACAAUGAAGGUAUCAAGCGUAAGAAACUGGAAGCUUUUGAUGAUUCACAAACAAAACAUAUUAAAAUCAAUUCAAAUGCUCAAUCCAUUCUCAAGAAAAUAGUCAAAGAGCAGCUAAAGCAAUGCAUAAUGAUUAAUACUCUACAAGAAAGCAAUGAUGAAUUAAAAUAUGAGAUCUUUGAAAAUCGCAAGCUUUUACAAAACAUUCUUACUAUUUUAACAUCAAGAUCACUAACCACGAUUAAUGAAUUAACAUAA